AUAAAAGCUAUCCCUUUCCACCUAGCUCGUUGUAUCAUGCUUACCUAUGUAGCUAACCUUCUAUAUAUAGAUAUUGCUUGACUGGCUUUGUAGCCUAGCUUUGAGAUAUAUAUUAUACAUGAAGCCGAAAAAAAAUGAUCUAUGUUAGACAUGGAUGAUCAUGACUAAAAGAAAAAACAAUCGCUUGCCCUAACUGCAAAGAACUGACGCUGGGUGGUACACAGCACCGAUGCUUUGCCCUAACUGUAAGGAACUGACGCUGGUUGGCACACAGCAUCAAUGCGUCCGCAGUAAUGUAAUCAUUUACAGUUGUGCUUCAGAAACACAAGGAGAAACUAUUAGUCGUGUUCGUGGAGAUCACGAAGGUGAGCAUCAUAGCCUGGAGAGAGGGCUUAGCAGGCGUUACCAAACCAAGGAAUCACCAUCAAGUAAUUCUUCUAGUACUGGUAGUUCAAGUGUUAAUAGUUUCAAGCCAUCUUACAUAAAAAACAAAGGAUCUUGCCAUAAAUGCAAGCAAUGGGUUCAACUGCCCCUGUAUGGCACACAGCAACGAUGCCUCUGCGGUUAUGUAAUGACUUACGGUGCUGCUGCAGAAACACAAGGAGAAACUAGUAGUUAUGUUCGUGGAGAUCACAAAGGCGAGUAUCAUAGCCUCCAAACCAAGGAAUCAUCACGAAACAAUUCUUCUAGUACUAGUAGUUCAGGUCGUAAUAGUUUCAAGCAAUUUUAUACAGGGACAGGGAUGCCGAUGCGUUUCCCUCCUCCCGCUUGGAGGAGCCAGUGCCCAGUGGAUCACGACCAAACAUGCGUGCACUUCUUUGCGGUUUGACAUACAAGCACCUUAAAUACAAUCUCAAGGGCAUUCAUAAUGAUGUGAUGAACAUGGAAGACUUGUUGAUCAAAACCUUGGGUUUUCCUGCCAACUGCAUACGCAUACUUUCGGAAGAUGAUCCGCUUGACCUAGAGCGGAUUCCCACAAAGAAAAACAUAGAGAAUUCCUUGAAAUGGCUUGUGGAGGACUGCCAGCGGGGAGACUCGUUGGUGUUCUACUUCUCAGGGCAUGGCUUACGACAGUCUGAUUUCAAAGACGAUGAGCUUGAUGGUUUCGACGAGACCAUUUGCCCUGUUGAUUUUAUGAAAGAAGGAAUUGUGCUUGACAAUGAUAUUAAUGAAACCAUUGUUCGGCCACUCAAGGAGGGUGUUACACUCCUCGCUAUCGUUGAUGCUUCUAACAUUAAUGGAACGAUUCUUGAUCUGGAGUACGUGUACAACCAUAAACUGAAUGCUUGGAAAGAAAAUAUUCCUCCAUCUGGUGUUAGAAAAAGUACGAAUGGUGGGUUAGCGAUUUCUCUCAGUACUUGCGAAGAUAAUACUACAAUGAAGGCUUUUACUGGAAGAGCAAUGCAAGGUGCUAUGACAUACAUUCUCACUCAUCAUAACUAUGGCAGAUUCAGCCAUAAAAACACAGAAAAGCUUAAAGUAUGA